AUGAGUACACCAUUUGGUUUAGAUUUAGGUAACAACAACACUGUUUUGGCUGUGGCCAGAAACAGAGGUAUCGACAUUGUCGUCAAUGAAGUGUCCAACCGUGCCACGCCAUCUUUAGUUGGAUUUGGCCAAAAGAACAGAUUCUUGGGUGAGUCCGGAAAGAACAAGCAGACUUCAAACAUUAAGAACACCGUUGAGAGUUUGAAGCGUAUUGUCGGUAUGGACUACGAUGAUGCUGACUUCGAGACCGAAAACAAAUACUUCUACUCAAAAUUAGUGAAGCUCGAAGACGGCAAGAUCGGUGCACAGGUUAGACUCGGCGGCGAACAAGCUGUGUUCUCUGCCACGCAACUUGUGGCCAUGUUCAUCAACAAGGUCAAGAACACAGUCAUCGACGAAACUAAGAGCAACAUCACCGACGUUGCCAUUGCCGUUCCAGCUUGGUACACCGAAGAACAGCGCUACGCUGUCGCAGAUGCCGCCAGAAUUGCUGGUCUCAAUCCCGUCAGAGUUGUUAACGAUGUCACUGCUGCCGCCGUCGCUUACGGUGUUUUCAAGAGUGAGAUGCCUGAAGGCGAGCAGAAGCCCAGAAUCGUGGCUUUCGUCGACAUUGGUCACUCCUCAUACACUUGUAGCAUUGGUGCCUUCAAGAGAGGUGAAAUGAAGAUUUUGGGUACCGCGUACGACAAGCACUUCGGUGGUAGAGAUUUCGACCGUGCCAUCACAGAGCACUUCGCCGAUGAGUUCAAGACUAAGUACAAGAUUGACAUUAGAGAAAACGCCAAAGCCUACAACAGAGUUAUGGCCGGUGCAGAAAGAUUAAAGAAAGUCCUGUCUGCUAACACAUCUGCUCCUUUCUCCGUGGAGUCUGUGAUGAAUGACGUUGAUGUCUCUUCUCAAAUGAGCCGUGAAGAACUAGAAAGCUUGGUUCAACCACUACUUGAGCGCGUCACAGAGCCAGUGACCAGAGCUUUGGCUCAAGCCCAAUUGAAGGCCGAAGAUGUCGAUUUCGUUGAAAUCAUCGGUGGUACCACACGUAUUCCUGUCUUGAAGAAUGCCAUUUCUGAGUCUUUCGGCAAGCCUUUGUCUACUACUUUGAACCAAGAUGAAGCUAUUGCUAUGGGUGCCGCCUUUAUCUGUGCCAUCCACUCCCCAACAAUGAGAGUUCGUCCUUUCAAGUUCGAAGACGUCCACCCAUACUCAGUCUCCUACUACUGGGACCAACAAGAAGAGGAUGAAGACCAUUUGGAAGUUUUCACAGCUGGAUCCCAAUUCCCAUCUACUAAGAUGAUUACUCUACAUCGUACUGGCGAUUUCACCAUGGAGGCUAAAUACACUGAUCCAAAGCAGUUGCCAUCUGGUGUCCGUACUCAAAUCGCCAAGUGGAACAUCACUGGGGUUCAAGUUCCAAGCGGUCAAACUUCCGUCCCUGUUAAGCUAAAACUAAGAUGUGACCCAUCUGGUUUGCACAUCAUUGAGAGCGCCUACUCUGUCGAAGACAUCGAAGUUGAGGAGGAGGUCCCACGUGCUGCUGAUGCUCCAGAAGACGCUGAACCUGAAUACAAGAAGGUAACUAAGACCGUCAAGAAGGAUGACCUUACAGUGACUGCCCACACUUUUGCUCUGCCAGCUGACAAGUUGAACGUUCUAAUUGAAAAGGAAAAUGAACUCUUUGCUCAAGAUAAACUGGUUGCUGAGACUGAAGAUCGUAAGAACGCUCUAGAGGAAUACAUCUACACCUUGCGUGGUAAGCUAGACGAAGAAUACGCAGACUUUGCUUCGGAUGCUGAAAAAACUAAAUUGCAGGACAUGUUGGCUAAGGCUGAGAACUGGCUCUACGAUGACGGUUAUGACUCUACCAAGGCUAGAUACAUUGCCAAGUACGAAGAACUAGCUUCUUUGGGUAACAUGAUAAGAGGAAGAUACCUAGCUAAGGAAGAAGAAAGAAGACAAGGUCUAAGACAAAAACAAGAAGCUGAAAAGAUGGCUGAAAUGGCCGAAAAGAUGGCCGCUCAAAGAAAGACGGAGGCUGAGAAACAAGAAGUCAAACCUGACGCCGAGGGUGAUAUCGAUUUGGAUUAA